AACGAUCUGUAGCGAAUCGGGAAGCCUUAUAUCGCUCUUGUUCGUUUAUUAUGCCACAAAAAAACGCCUUUUUACGCGUUUUGCUUCAGUUUUAUCACACUUCUGCCUGAUUAUACACAGAACAGGAAGGAGGACUCGUAUUAAGAAGUAACAUAGAGGAAAAAGUAUCCCCUAUGACAAGUUGCUGCGCAGGUUGCGGAAGCAACAACAAAUAGAGACAAGGUCGUCAUCAAGGGCUGCAUCUCUGAAGUUUUGUAACAAUGAGACGGUACGGGGAAUAGAGAAACUCAAUACCCAUGAUGCCGCGCGGUACAUUUUGUAACCUGUUUAGAUUGCCGGUCUUCCGAAUGGACUCUGAAACACACAGUCAAGGGUGUAAAUUUGGUUCCUAGUCGCUGCUGAAGCCCAUGCCCGGAAUAGACCAUUUAAUCGCGCGCGCAGGGGGGUGUCCGAGCUGUGAAGAACCACCGGAAACGCAGAGGGGUGUGUGUGUGUCCCUGCCAGAACCGGUGAUGGCCGACCAGCCUCUCUCGCAGCCGGCGGACCAGCCGCCGAUAAAGUUCCUCCCCGCCGGCCUCCCCAGGAGGAAAGAAGCCCUGAGCGACGGCCUGCAGGCCCGGGGCCAGUGGGCCAGCAAGGCCGAGUUCCUCCUGGCGGUAGCCGGGCAAAUCAUCGGGCUGGGCAAUGUCUGGAGGUUUCCCUACCUCUGCUAUAAAAACGGAGGAGGUGUGUUUUUUGUCCCCUACCUGCUGUUCCUGGUGCUGUGUGGCGUCCCCCUGUUCCUCCUGGAGACCUCUCUGGGGCAGUUCACCAGCUUGGGAGGGGUGAGCGCCUGGAGGACCAUUUGCCCCUUAUUUGGAGGUCUCGGCUACGCUAGCCAGGUGAUGAUUCUGCACGGCUGCGUCUACUACAUCGUCAUCCUGGCCUGGGCCCUCUUCUACCUGGUCUACAGCUUCCAGGCCGAGCUGCCGUGGUCGCACUGCAAUAACACGUGGAACACGGACGCAUGCUUCUUGUUCGAUGAAUACAAUCAGACUGCAAACGUGAGCAGCUUGCCUGUGAAUGCCACCUCCCCGGUCAUGGAGUUCUGGGAACGGGAAGUGCUCCGCCUGUCAGGAACUUUAGAUGAGCUGGGUCCGGUCAGCUGGAAGCUGGCUCUGUGUCUGGCCGUCGUCUGGCUCGUCUGCUACUUUUGUGUCUGGAAGGGCGUGAAGUCCACUGGAAAGGUGGUGUACCUGACGGCCACUUUCCCAUACGUCAUGCUGCUUGUGCUGCUGGUACGCGGUGCCACGCUGCCUGGAGCGACCCAGGGCAUCAUUUACUACCUCAAACCCAACAUCACCCGCCUGGCUGACCCCCAGGUAUGGAUGGAUGCUGGUACCCAGAUAUUUUUCUCUUAUGGAAUCUGCUUGGGAAGUCUCACAGCCUUGGGAAGUUACAACAAAUACAACAAUGACUGCUAUAAGGACUCCUUCAUGCUGUGCCUCCUGAACAGCACCACCAGCUUCCUGGCCGGUUUCGCCAUCUUCUCGGUUCUGGGCUUCAUGGCUGAAGAACAAGGCGUUGACAUAGGCGCCGUGGCUCAGUCAGGACCCGGUCUUGCCUUCAUCGCCUACCCGAGAGCCGUCGCCAUGAUGCCCGUUCCUCAGCUCUGGGCCGUCUGCUUCUUCCUCAUGAUCAUCAUGCUGGGUCUCGACACGCAGUUCGUGAGCCUGGAGGCUCUCAUGACUUCGGUGACGGACCUGUAUCCCCACGUGAUCCGGCGCGGAUACCGCAGAGAGCUGCUGCUGCUGUUUGUGUGCGUGGUGUGCUUCCUGGUUGGGCUGGUCAUGGUCACGCCGGGUGGUCUCUAUGUGUUCCAGAUCUAUGACCACUUCUCCUGCAGUGGAGCCAGCUUGCUGCUUCUCUCCAUCUUCCAGUCUCUGGCUGUUGGCUGGGUCUACGGAGCCGAGCGGUUCAGUGGCAACAUCAGAGAUAUGACGGGCUACAGCCCCCUGCCUUUCUUCAAGCUGUGCUGGAAGUACCUGACUCCAGCCGUGUGCACUGCUACCUUUAUUUUCUCCCUGGUGCGUUGGUCUCCGCUGAGCCUGGGGAAAGGACUGGUGGCUCCGGUCUGGGCCACCACGCUCGGCUGGACCCUGACCCUCUCCUCAGUUUCCCUGCUCCCCAUCUGGGCUGUGUAUUCGCUGGUCACCACUCCAGGAACCCUGUCGCAGCGGUUCCAUCGCCUUUGCACCCCUGCUGAGAACUCGUCUAUGGCCUUCCAGCACCUCUUCACCAACGGCUCGCCGCUGACCUACAGCCCCGUGGCGCCUCUCAGCGGGAAGCAGCAAAUUAUAGAGCUCCUCCCAGAAAAGAAGACAUGACGAUAACGAACGCUUUGUGGCACUGUAUGCUGCUCAGCCAAUCAGGUGUGCCCAAUAGAACAGCCGAUGACAACAGAAGACUUUAUUUCAAAAAAUGUUGAAGGAGAAAUGUUAUAAUUUACCAGAGAAUUAUAACAUUUACCACCAGAGUCAACAGUUUGGAAGAAUUAUCAGAGCAUCCAACCCUAAACUGGGAUAAAACUUGAUUGGCCGUUCAGAUCAGCCACGGUUCCUGUUCCUGCCCACCAGAGUUGCUCAUUUCCAUACAAAAACAGCACACACUCCUGAAUCUUAACCGUUUUUGUCUCUGUACCUGCUAACAUCUAAUUUUACAGUUUAGUCGCUGUAUUUGAGGACCAUGUAACAACAACAACAACCUCUAGAGACGUUCCCUUUGUUUGGCAGCAGCACAUAGUCCUCAGCUACACUAUACUCUCUAUGAGAGACUCAGAGAGUGUUAGCAUGUCUGCUGAAAUGACUCCAUGAGUCAGACAUGUGAUGUCAGAUGAUUUAUCUGGAGAUUUCUUGAAUUUCUCAUCCAAACCAAGUGGAGUUAAUACUUGAGUUGCAUCCACUAAAUGCCACUUUUGCUGCCAAGCUCUUGAGCUUGCUGUGAACACCUUAACAACAGCAGAUCUGACUGAAACCUGCUCUAGUUUGCGUUAGUUUUGCGUUUCCGUUAUUUCUUUAGAAACGGCAUAGAUGAUUAUUUAGUGGGUUUCUCCAGAGUAAAAACUUCAGUACAUUUGUUUCAACUGUUGUAAGCAAUAAUAAACAGAAUAUAAGCUGGGAAAUGUAGUCAUAUUGAUAAAAAUGAAACAAGUGUUGCUGAAAUGCUUUCCUGCUUAUUUGUAAGAUUAAAAUGAACAAUUGGUCAAACAAGUCAACACUUCAAAUUAAAAAGCUGCUGAGAGAACAUAUCAUAAUAGAGUAUACCUUCUUUGAAGGUCUCUGCAAACCUUGUUUAAAUUAGUUUUUAAAAAACUACUGCUGCUUCAAAGAACAAAAAAAAAAAAACAAUAUUUUUUAAUGUCUUCACCAAAUGUUUAAGUUUUUUUUUUUUUGUUAUGAUUGUUUUUUUUAAGAUGUUUGCCUGUAUGUUUCAGUGAUAAGGAGGCUUAAAAAAACCAAUUGUAAGGAUGAAGGAAGGAGUAAAGUUACAACUUGAACAUGCCUAUAAUUAUUAGCAUAAAUCUUCCAAGAGUGAAGUUUGCACAGUUUGCAAUCCUCAAGAUUAAAUUUUAAAAUGUUUAUUUUUUUUUAAAUGGUAUAUUCUCUAGAGCUCUAGACCUAAUGUCCAGAGAUGUGGUUCUUCUUUUAUUUUUACAGUUUUAUUGUUUUUACAAAAUUUUCAAUUGAAAUUUUUUUUGUUUUUUAAGAAAAAAACAAAUGUUGCACAGUACAAGACUCAAAAAUCAAAGGUAAGUUAAUCUCAAACUAAUUUCAAGUAAUUUUAUAGUUUUUAUACUUUGCUGAAGUAAGUAAUGUUUUCCUGUUAAAUUAUACUGCAUACAUUUUUGAGAAUAUUUAACUUUCCCUCCUAAAACUUCACACUUAAAUCCUAUAAAUUCUGAAAACAUAUUGUUGUGGGUUUUUUUUUUUUUUUUUAACAAACGUUCUUCUAAGCCUUCAAAGUCAACAUCAGUGUAAGAAUAUUUCUUUUAUCAAUGGCAGUGUCUCUCAACAGUGUGACAAGAAAAUGAAACCAUUAGAAAUCAUUUUAAAACUAUGCACACAAAACUUCAAAUUUGUCCUCAAUUUAACCGACAAAACAAAUCUGGUACAGGGAAAAUACAAAAACUAACAUUUUCCCACCUGGUUGCAUAAGUGUGCACACACUGAAAGUAUUUCAACUUUGUAGGAACACCUUUUGAUUCAGUUUCAGAUUCCAAAUAUAUCAAAUUAUGCGAUUUUCUGUGGAAUAUAUAUCUGGACUCUGCUUAGGUUAUUCCAAGCCAUUAGUAUGGUGUUUUUCUCUGGUGAUGUGCUUAAAACGUUGUUUGGUGUCAUUUUGAACCUUUGUGUUAUUUCUGAAAACGUUGACUUUAGCUAAAAAGCUAAAAAAGCUAAAAAGCUGCUUCAAGAAGGUGCAAAUUUAUCCACCGAGGCUAUUUCAGCUUUUAAAUAUAUUUUAUUUUUUUCCCUUAUUAGAUUUGUCUUUAACUGCUCAGGAUAUAUAACACAAUAUAAAUUGAAAAUGUUUGAAAUACACAGCAGUCCAACAGGGUUGCGUACACUUUUGAGAGACACUGUAUGUGACAGAAUGAUAAUGUAAACAUAAAGAAUUACUGAAACUAUUUCAUAUUUCUGUUCUGUACUUUAAUGUCUGUUUUUUUUUUGUUUGUUUGGGGGGUUUUUUGUUGAUGUUAUUUCUCAUGUAAAUGUGUGUAGGUUUACACAGUCAGACAUGCUAUAAUAAUUCACUAUGGGUCUGGAGAUCAGCCUCCUGUUCUGUAAGUCCGGGACAAAAUGUACUGUACACUAGGAUAGCUUGUUUACAUCUCUGAAAUCAAGUGGAAAAGAAGCAUUUCAUGACCAGGUUUGAUGUUUUAAACAUGUAAGAGAACCUGUAAGCAAACUUAGAAAGAUCUGUCUUUCUAACCAAAUUUUUAUGUGCUUUAAGCCUUUGCAUCGACUCAUCAACUUGUCAGCAUGACUUUACAGCUGUGCCUCUUUUGUUCUCUUCUGAAUCAAUAUAUAUACUGAAUGUGGAGAAAAGGGUCCAUUGUGCCUGUUUGUUUCCAGACGAGUGUCAAGUUGUGUGAAAGUGGACGUGCCGGUGUUGAGACAUGAUGUACUUGUGGUCCAGUCACACCGUCACCACGGCGACAGAUGUAAAAGAUGCUGGGAGUGCACCUUGCAAACCAAGACUCCUCGUCCUGAUGGGAAUUGUUCAUUUGGGCGUCCACGACGGGAUGGAGAGGAAGCAGCGCGUGUGGGCAAAGGAAGCGGAGGGUGUCAUGGAGACCAGAGAGGAAGCGAAGGGUGGCAGCUUCAAGCCGACAGAACCCGGCGGUUACAUAAACGGCUCAGCCUGUCAAUUAGCCGUAUUGGAUUCCCUCUCUGCUCAGUCGCCAUGGAAGUGGGCCGGUCCCUGCGCGCACGUGGCUCGGCACGUUCACACACACACCCAACUUGUUUUGGUUUGCAACAUCAUAGUGCAGCCAGCUUCCCACGUGUGACUCUGGUGAUUUUUUUCCUUCUGUGUGUGUGUGUGUGUGUGUGUGUGUGGAUAAACGGGGGUGGUUUACGUCCAUAUGGAUGCCUUGGCAUAGAUGCGUCUCCCUUUCAGAUGAUGGGAGGAUUAGCAUGUGAGAUUCAAAGAGGAGAGAGACAGAGAGAACCAGAGCCGUGUGUUGUGUUAGUGGGGCUUUGAAAAGAUGCUGUGGGAUAGUUAAUUUCUGCUCAAGCUUGGUGCCACUUUGUUUCCAUCUGCAUCAUUUUCCAUCACAGCUUGAGAAGCAGAGUCUGCCUCCUUCCAGAGGUAUGACACCUCCAGUGAGCUUAGGGGUAUCUCACCACCUCAGAUAGUGCACUUGGCAGUUUGCUGUAAAGGAGAAGCAGUCUGUGGG